AUGAUCAUGGAACUCACCGAAUCCUCCGCGGCUAACCUCAACAACCUCCCGCUUCUGCCGCCGCAGCAACCGCCGCACAACAACCUCCAAGAUACUCGUUCAAUCUUAUGCAUCGACCUAAACGAGAUCCCUUCUCCUUCCUCCUCAUUCCUUGAAACCCUACCUGACCUCACCAUCGACAUCGUUCGUACCUACCACGAAAAUCCACCGCCACCUCCCGGUGGUCCCGCAGCUCUCCCCGGUGGUAGUACUUCAUGCGCCGUCUGUGCUAAGCCCGGCGGAGGCGGAGAUGGUAAUUGCUUAGUCUGUGACGGCUGUGAGCGGAGUUUUCACUUGGCUUGCGCCGGGAUUCGAGGUGGCGGUGGUCGGCAGGUUGCUGCGAGUCUAGGAGAGUGGGUUUGUGGUGAGUGUUCGGCUGGUGGUGUGAAGAGUAAACGGUGGCCGUUGGGUGUGAAGUCGAAGCAGCUUCUUGAUAUCAAUGCUUCUCCGCCUAGUGAUGUUGACGGAGAAGAGUUGCAUGAUGCGAGAAAGCACACGAUGGGUGAUAAAUCUUUUGGUACCAAUCAAUUUGGUGAUCCAGUGACAUAUUCAACCUUCUACAACGGGAGUGUGUUUGGCUUGCAAAGGGCAUCUGGAGUUAUGACACACGCUGUUAGAGUGGGUUUUGAGGAUAUAUUGAAUCACACCCAAGCAAUGGCUAGAAGGUUUGAGGAAGUACCAUCUCAAAGUCCAAAUGAGUCAAUUUUGCUGGCUCUUAGAGAUUUUAUAUCUGAAAGGCAUGGUGUACUGGAGGAAGGUUGGCGAGUGGAACUUAGACAAUCAAUGAUCAGCCCUGACCUCUAUGCAGUUUAUUGUGCCCCCGAUGGAAAGAUAUUUGAUUCUGUGUAUGAAGUAGCUAAUUAUCUGGGGCUACCGUCUGGCUACAAUUCCAUGGAAUCUGAAAUAAAAAACGAAAUGUCUCUUUCUUUAGGUGGGCCUCACAUAUCCAGAAAACGGAAGUCUUCUAGAACUCUGACAGCCAAUGGUUAUGCAGAAAAGCAGGGAACCAUGAUCAAUAGUAAUUAUAAGGAUUGUUCUUCUGAUGGUUUAAUUAUGGAAUGUGCUAAUGCUCAGGGGUCUAUCCCAAAAGCCACUGAGAUUGGAAGAAAAGAGAACAGUCACACUGACCCUGAUCAAUUCGCUGAUGGACUUCCUCUGCAGUUUAAGGACUUCUAUGUUCUUUCUUUGGGAAAAGUUGAUGGGAGACCUUCAUAUUAUGAUGUUAACCUUACCUUUCCUGUGGGUUAUGAGUCUUCCUGGCAUGACAAGAUUACUGGCUCUCUUUUUAUGUGCCAAGUUUUGGAUGGUGGUGAUUCUGGACCUAUAUUUAGGAUUAAAAGGUGUUCAUGUUCAAAAUUUCCUAUUCCAGAUGGGUCAACCAUCCUUUCAAUGCAAAGUCAUUGUCAAUUUGUAAGCGAAACCAAUGAAUUUCAGAGAGAGACUAAUGAUAGUAUGGAUUUCGAUGGUGACGAAAGUAUCCAAAUGAUCCUUUUAGAACCUUGUGCCCCAACAGAAAAUGACAUCUUAAGUUGUGUUACCAGUUGCUCAAAUGAAGCAUAUGCAUCAGAAGGAUUAAGGCCAGUUGCUGGUUCAGUUCAAGAUAAUAUUGGAAAUUCAUUUGCUGAUGAUAUGGAUUUUGGUGAUGAAAUUGGUGAAGUUUUGGUUGAAGAGCGGUCCCCAAUCUUUGCAUGGAAACUUAUUUCUCAAAAGUUAGUCAGUGCUUGCAAGGAUAUCUGCAAGAAGAAAGGAAAUCUUAAAUUAUAUUGUAAACAUGUUGUAAGUGAAAUGGGCUUACAUAAAUGGGAUUUAAGGAAUGGAAAAAGUGAUACCCACUUCCCUUCGAUGGAUAAAUUUUGUGGUUAUCCUGGGUUUGUCAGUAUUCCAAAUACACUUUAUGCAGACAGUGAUCCGACAGGUCUCUAUGAGCUGUUAGGAAAAUGGUUGGAGCAGGAUAGAUUUGGAUUGGAUGUUGAAUUUGUGCAAGAAGUAUUGGAACAGCUUCCCGGUGUGCAGGAUUCUUUGCAAUAUGAACUUUUGAGUAGUAGAACUAAUAGCUCUUCAUUACCAACAGUGGAAAAUGGUUUCCUAGUGGUCGAAUGUAAAGGUCAAUCAAAAUAUCAAGAUGAAGCAGCAGCUGUUCAAGGUUUAUAUAGAAGGCAUAAGAAGGCAAGAUUGACUGAAAGUUUUGUUAAGGAAGACCGAUGUCCACCUCCUGGGAAACCACUGUGCUCUAGGGCUCCUACUGAACUCAUUGGUGACAUUUUUGAGGUUUGGGAGCAUUUAGAUCGAUUUCAUGAAAUUCUAGACCUGAAAGAACCUUUGUUAUUGGAGGAGCUUGAGAAGGAACUUAUCAACCCAUGGUUUGAUGAAUUAGAGUUCCCUGAGAAACUGGAGAGGGGAAUGGGUAGAAAUCAAGUUUCAUAUUCACAAGGGGGUAAUGAUGAUUUCCGACUAAUAAGUGAAGCUGGUCCAUCAGGUUCCACAGAAUGUUCUUUUAUUCAAGUGGAAACAGAAGCUAUGAAAGAGGAAGCCCAAGUGGCUGCUCUGGUGGAUCCAAAUUCUGAACCUGGAGAGACUCGGGGUAGACGAGGAAGAAGGAAAGAUAUAGAUAGUGCAGUUCCUGCCAAACGAACUAAAGUCAAUAUGCUUCCUAUUAAUGAAUUGACAUGGCCAGAACUAGCUCGUAGAUAUAUCUUGGCUUUCUUAUCUAUGGAUGGUAACCUCGAGUCUGCAGAAAUUACUGCCCGUGAAAGUGGUAAAGUAUUUCGUUGCUUACGAGGUGAUGGUGGUUUGCUGUGUGGGUCCCUUACUGGUGUGGCUGGAAUGGAAAUUGACGCACUGUUGCUUGCGGAGGCAACAGCAAAGAUUUUUGGUUCCUUGAGCAGAGAAAAUGAUGUACUCAUCAUGGAAGAAAACGAGUCUGAUGCAAAGGAUGCUUCUGAGAUGAAAUUGGCGAAUGAUGGGAAAAUUCCUGAAUGGGCACAGGUGCUGGAACCUGUCAGAAAGCUACCAACAAAUGUGGGAACCCGAAUCAGAAAGUGUGUUAAUGAUGCUUUAGAUAAGAAUCCGCCAGAUUGGGCGAAGAAAAUACUGGAACACUCAAUUAGUAAGGCCGUGUACAAGGGCAAUGCAUCUGGACCAACAAAGAAAGCAGUUCUUUCAGUGUUGAAUGAGGUAACUAAUGGAGUGCAGCUGAAUACCAACAAGGAAAGGAAAAAGAAGAUUGUUUUAUCUAUUUCUGACAUUAUUAUGAAGCAAUGCCGCAUUGUAUUACGCCGUGCAGCUGCGGCAGAUGAUUCAAAAGUUUUUUGCAAUUUGUUGGGAAGAAAAUUAGUAAAUUCUUCUGAUAACGACGACGAAGGGCUUCUUGGAUCUCCAGCUAUGGUGGCCCGGCCUCUUGAUUUCCGAACUAUUGAUCUAAGAUUGGCUUCUGGAGCUUAUGAUGGAUCUCAUGAAGCUUUUCUUGAGGAUGUUCGUGAGUUGUGGAGCAAUGUUCGUGUUGCUUUUGGGGAUCAACCGGAUUUAGUUGAACUUGCGGACAAAUUAUCCCAGAAUUUUGAACUUUUAUACGAUGAGGAGGUUGUCACCUAUGUCCAAAAGUUUGCAGAGUAUGCUAAAGUGGGAUGCUUAAGUGCAGAAAUGAAAAAAGAAGUUGAUGUUUUCAUUGCAUCAACAAAUGAUAUUCCGAAGGCCCCUUGGGAUGAGGGAGUUUGUAAAGUAUGUGGCGUUGAUAGGGACGAUGACAGUGUUUUACUAUGUGAUACUUGUGAUGCUGAGUAUCAUAAAUAUUGCUUGAAUCCUCCACUUGUAAGGAUCCCUGAAGGAAAUUGGUACUGUCCAUCUUGCAUUGGUGGUAAACAUUCAACACAAGAUGUUACGGAACCUGCAAAGAUUACUAGAAAACGUGGUAGUAAAAAAUUCCAGGGAGAAGUUAUCUGUCUUUAUUUGGAAGCACUAACUCAUUUAUCGGCUGUAAUGGAAGAAAAAGAAUAUUGGGAGUACAGUGUGGGAGAGAGAAUGCUCCUUCUCAAGUUUUUAUGUGGUGAGUUGCUCAGCUCUUCCCUGAUACGACAGCAUCUUGAGCAGUGUGCAGAGUCAUCUGUUGAGUUACAUCAGAAAUUGCGUGCACUCUCUGUGGAGUGGAAAAACCUGAAAAUUAAGGAAGAUGUUUUAUCCACAAAAGCUGCAAAAUUUGAGUUACUGUCACAAAGUACCAAUGGGGAAGUUGUUCUUAAGGACGGGUUCACAUCCGUGUUCUCAAAUACAAGUAAAUGUCUUUUUAAGCCACAUACUGCAACCUCCAAUCCUAAUGGUCUUGGGGUAUUUGUUGACAGUCUACCUUCAGAAGAGAUUCCUAAAGAGAAGUCUAGGUUCAAUAGUGUUGAUAAAAGCAUAUCCGUGACACAUUCAGAUUCUGAUAGCCAAAAUAUGAAUUCCAUAGAAGGACAACUUAGGACUGUUCAUGUGGUUGUGGAGUCUCCUUGUACAGAUAAAUCCCCCAAGUAUUUUCCAUCCCCAAAUCACAUGCCCCAAGGAAUAAAUGGUUACAGUGGAGCAACUCAUAUUCAGGGUAUACACCAGAAAUGUGAGGUAAGGGAUGUAUCUACUUCUGCGUCAUACCAGCAGCAGGGACAAUGCGUGCCUGUUGAAAUUUCCCAAAAUGCCGUGAAUGAGUUGGAACCAUACCACCUCGAGCUCAAUGCCAUCAAGCAUAAUAUUUCGCUAUUGCAGGACUCUAUAACUAGCAUAGGAUCACAGCUGUCAAAGGUCCCUGUUCGCCGGGAAUUUUUAGGUAUUGAUUCCAUUGGUCGACUAUACUGGGCUUUGGGUACACCCAGUAAACGUUCACGUAUAGUUGUUGAUGCAAGUGCUGUUCUUCAGCAUAGAAAAGGACUGUCAGCUAGCAAAGAUUUUGUCGAUAAAUUUUCUGCUCGGCAGCAUUGGGCAUUAUGUGAGAAGGAUAACUAUAAGAUGUUAGGGCUGAUGAAGGACUGCUCUCCUUUGAGUUCUUUACCACUUAAUGCUUCAGGCAAUAGUUCACCGUGGAUUGCUUAUGAAACAGAUUCAGAAAUCGAAGAGCUAUUGGGUUGGUUAACAGAUAAUGAUCCUAAAGAAAAAGAGCUGAGAGAUUCGAUUAUGCUGGCGCCAAAACAUAAACUUCAAGAGUUCGUUAAUGCACACACUGAAUGUCAGGUUGAUGAUCAAGUGCCAAGAAGUUCACCAUCUAAUUCUCUUGUUACAAAGGCCACUUCCUUGCUGGAAAAGAAUUACAGUCCCUACUUUGAGUUGGAUAAUGCAGAGGUAGUGAAGGAGCAAAGUAAAAAGAACAGAACAACUACUGAUGAAAAGUUGUGUAGGUGUGAAUGCCUAGAACCCAUCUGGCCUUCUAGGAAACAUUGUUUGUAUUGCCACAAAACCUUUUUGACUGAUGUUGAAUUUGAGGUACACAAUGAUGGCAAAUGUAGUGCAGAACUUCUGGCCUUGGAGAAGAAUAAAGAUAAAAAUGGAUCUUCUAAAGGAAGAGGGAACUUGAAAUGUGAUACCUCACAUGAAAAAUCCAGAGCUUAUGCAGAAACAGCUGGAAACUCAAUCAAUAAAUGUUCCAAGCUAAGUUUGAAUUUGAUUAAGUUUUCAAAUGAAGGUUCCUCUUGCCCUUUUAAUUUUGAAGCUGUAUGCUCAAAGUUUGAGACAGAUGAUUCCAACAAGAAACUUGUCAGAGAAAUUGGUCUAAUUGCUUCAGAUGGUGUGCCAUCAUUUAUUCCUUCUGUAUCUCCCUUUGUUAGUGAUUUUACGCUAUUCUUAUCCCUAAAGGGCGACGGCAUUGUUGGUGGUGCCUCUAAUGUUUCAGAAAGCCGGGUUUCUCAGGAAAACACUGAUGGUGCUGGCAUAUGCCACGAAUCAGGAAAACCCACUCAGAGUUUAGCUGCAAAUGAAAGCAAUGAAACAGGAAAAUCCAGUAAAUUAGGAGAGCAAAGAGAUGGAAAGUUAUCUUUUUCUAAUUCAGUUUCAGAUAUGGGAGUCUAUGGCUGCUGCGUGGUUCCUUCGUCGUCUUUGAGACCACUAGUUGGUAAAGUUUCUCAUAUCUUGAGGCAACUAAAAAUUAAUCUACUUGAUAUGGACGCUGCACUUCCAGAAGUUGCUAUAAGACCAUCGAGGGCACAGUUGGACAGAAGACAGGCUUGGCGUGCAUUUGUAAAAUCUGCUCAGACUAUAUAUGAGAUGAUUCAGGCAACAAUUGCGCUGGAGGAUAUGAUUAAGACGGAAUUCUUAAGGAAUGACUGGUGGUACUGGUCAUCAUUCUCAGCUGCUGCCAAAUCUUCUACUUUGCCUUCCCUUGCUCUUCGAAUAUACUCUCUUGAUUCUGCCAUUAUGUAUGAGAAAAUGCCCAAUUCAAGUUUAACUGACAGCUCCGAUCCUCCUGCCGUAGCAGAACAGAAACUGGUGAUCACCGUGGAUGCAGAUAAAACCAAAGCAAGCCGGAAGUCAAACAGGAAAAGAAAGGAAUCAGAUAGUUAA